AUCGGCCAUUUUGUCGGGGAAGCCGCAGCGCCGCCUCUUCUGUCGCGUCCUCGCCUCCGUCGCCGCCGCCUCUUCCUCCGCCUCCUCCCGGCUUCCGCCGCCGCCGCCGCCGCCGCUGCUCCCGCCGUAUCCCAGCCCCGGGGCGAAGCAUCUCUUGAUUUCCGUUUUCUCGCCCCUGCAGCCUCUUGACACGGUGAUCCGGGCGGGCCCCGCAGGAAUUUUAUCCCUUCACCGGCCUCACAUUAGUAUCGCAUGUCCACUAUCCAGAACCUCCAAUCUUUCGACCCCUUUGCUGAUGCAACUAAGGGUGACGACUUACUCCCGGCAGGGACUGAGGAUUACAUUCAUAUAAGAAUCCAGCAACGGAACGGCAGGAAGACGCUGACCACUGUCCAGGGCAUUGCAGAUGAUUAUGACAAAAAGAAACUUGUGAAAGCUUUCAAAAAGAAAUUUGCCUGCAAUGGUACUGUGAUUGAGCACCCCGAGUACGGAGAGGUUAUUCAGCUUCAAGGGGACCAGAGGAAAAACAUUUGCCAGUUUCUCUUGGAGGUUGGCAUUGUCAAGGAGGAACAGCUUAAGGUUCAUGGAUUCUAAAAUGAACCUAAAUACAUGGAGAAUUUCUUGAAUAAUUUUAUUCUCUAAAUCCAGUUUGGCUGCCUUGUGAAAUGAUUCUCUGCAGUAAACGGACUUUUCAUUUAUUUAAUCAUUCAAACUUCCAUUCACAUCAUCUGCAUGAUUACAGAAAACAUGGGGUAUGUAGGCUAGUAACACAUAAGAAAAUUGCAGUAAGAUGGUAAAGAAACCCCGUAUUCAUCUUAACAUGUUUCCAAUGGAAAAUAUUUUGUUUUGAGUGUUUAUUUGUUUAUUGUUCAGUUUAUUACUUUUCACUUGAUAAAUGUUUUUUGUUGUAUUAAACCAUGUAUGUUGCAGCUUAACAAUAAAAUCUAUGAAUUCUUCUGUGA